AGGAUGUGGAAGGUCUGGGUGUCUUUGGUCUCUGUAUGUGGGCAGAAGAAAUGACAUAGAUCAGUGCAAUAUGUCAGGACCAUAUAAAAGUAAUAAUGGUAAUGCACUCACAUAUACGGGAGCUUAGGCCAGCUCUAGUGUGGAUCCCCUAUAGUGGUAUAAUCCCCACUAUUGGGAUAUAGUGAAGGUUGAUCUCCGCUGGUCGUUGUCUAGGUGCUCAUAGAAGAAAUAAAAAUAGUCACAAAUAGUGCUCUCAAUAAAACAAUGUUAGUUGCAUAAAAUAUAAAAAUGGUGGUACUCACAAGUGUAGAGCAGGCUCACUGCUCUAUAUUGACAGCGUUGGUGGUAUGAUCCCCACCUAGGAUUUUCUUUUAAAAAGCCAGGAAAGAAUAUUGAAAUAAAAGGGUAAUGGUACAAUAAAACUGUUGUAAAACCAAAAUCCUUUAUUAUAUCAGAUAAAAAAGUGAUUUCCAUAACGCGUUUCGUCAUAAGAGACUUUCUCAAAUGGAUUAAAGUAUGCAUCCUGGCUAAUAGGCUUUAAAUAAGGUUAAGAGCAAUAAAAAUGGCGCAAGAAAUGUGUGCACCAAUCACAAUUGUAAAAUAAUAACAUUACUAAAAAUAGAUUAAUAAACCAUUGGUAAUCAAAAGUAUAACUGUAGGAUGUGUUUAAUAAUAACUUGAGUGAAAAACGUGGGAGAUAAACAUAGAAACAUAGAAUGUGACGGCAGAUAAGAACCAUUCGGCCCAUCUAGUCUGCCCAAUUUUCUAAAUACUUUCAUUACUCCCUAGUCUUAUCUUAUAGUUAGGAUAGCCUUAUGCCUAUCCCACGCAUGCUUAAACUCCUUUACUGUGUUAACCUCUACCACUUCAGCUGGAAGGCUAUUCCAUGCAUCCACUACCCUCUCAGUAAAGUAAUACUUCCUGAUAUUAUUUUUAAACCUUUGUCCAUCUAAUUUAAAGGACCACUCUAGGCACCCAGACCACUUCAGCUUAAUGAAGUGGUCUGGGUGCCAGGUCCUUCUAGGGUUAACCUAUUUUUUUUAUAAACAUAGCAGUUUCAGAGAAACUGCUAUGUUUAUUAAUGGGUUAAGCCUUCCCCCUAAUCCUCUAGUGGCUGUCUCAUUGACAGCCACUAGAGCGCUUGCGUGCUUCUCACUGUGAUUUUCACAGUGAGAGCACGCAAGCGUCCAUAGGAAAGCAUUGUAAAUGCUUUCCUAUGCGACGGGCUGAAUGCGCGCGCAGCUCUUGCCGCGCGUGCGCAUUCAGCCCAGGAGGAGGAACGGAGGAGGAGAGAAGGAGGAGAGCUCUCCGCCCAGCUCUCCUCAAUUUUCUAAAUACUUUAAUUAGUCCCUGGCCUUAUCUUAUAGUUAGGAUAGCCUUAUGCCUAUCCCACGCAUGCUUAAACUCCUUUUUUGCACCUCUACCACUUCCGCUGGAAGGUUAUUCCAUGCAUCCACUACCCUCUCAGUAAAGUAAUACUUCCUGAUAUUAUUUUUAAACCUUUGUCCCUCUAAUUUAAGACUAUGUCCUCUUGUUGUGGUAGUUUUUCUUCUUUUAAAUAUAGUCUCCUCCUUUACUGUGUUGAUUCCCUUUAUAUAUUUAAAUGUUUCUAUCAUAUCCCCCCUGUCUCGUCUUUCCUCCAAGCUAUACAUGUUAAGAUCCUUUAACCUUUCCUGGUAAGUUUUAUCCCGCAAUCCAUGAACCAGUUUAGUAGCCCUUCUCUGAACCCUCUCUAAGGUAUCAAUAUCCUUCUGAAGAUACGGUCUCCAGUACUGUGUACAAUACUCCAAGUGAGGUCUCACCAGUGUUCUGUACAAUGGCAUGAGCACUUCCCUCUUUCUACUGCUAAUACCUCUCCCUAUACAACCAAGCAUUCUGCUAGCAUUUCCUGCUGCUCUAUUACAUUGUCUGCCUACCUUUAAGUCAUCAGAAAUAAUCACCCCUAAAUCCCUUUCCUCAUAUGUUGAGGUUAGAACUCUAUCAAAUAUUCUGUACUCUGCCCUUGGGUUUUUACGUCCAAGAUGCAUUAUCUUGCACUUAUCCACAUUAAAUGUCAGUUGCCACAAUUCUGACCAUUUUUCUAGUUUACCUAAAUCAUUUGUCAUUUGGCUUAUCCCUCCUGGAACAUCAACCCUGUUACAUAUCUUAGUAUCAUCAGCAAAAAGACAUACCUUACCAUCAAGACCUUCUGCAAUAUCACUAAUAAAAAUAUUAAAGAGAAUGGGUCCAAGUACAGAUCCCUGAGGUACCCCACUGGUGACAAGUCCAAGCUUCGAAUAUAUUCCAUUAACUACAACCCUCUGUUGCCUGUCACUCAGCCACUGCCUUCCCCAUUCAACAAUAUUUGGAUCCAAACUUAAAGAUUGCAGUUUAUUGAUAAGUCUUCUAUGUGCAACAGUGUCAAAAGCCUUACUGAAAUCUAGGUAAGCAAUGUCUACUGCACCACCCUGAUCUAUAAUUUUAGUUACCCAAUCAAAAAAAUCAAUAAGAUUAGUUUGGCAUGAUCUCCCUGAAGUAAACCCAUGUUGUCUCUGAUCUUGAAAUCCAUGUGUUUUUAGAUGUUCAUCAAUCCUAUCCUUUAACAUGGUUUCCAUCACUUUCCCCACUACUGAAGUAAGGCUUACUGGCCUAUAGUUGCCCGACUCCUCCCUAUUACCUUUCUUGUAAAUGGGCACAACAUUCGCUAACUUCCAAUCUUCUGGGACUACUCCUGUUAACAAUGAUUGGUUAAAUAAAUCUGUUAAUGGUUUUGCUAGUACACCACUAAGCUCUUUUAAUAGCUUUGGGUAUAUUCCAUCAGGUCCCAUUGACUUAUUUGUCUUUACUUUGACAGUUGAAAUAGAACCUCUUCCUCUGUAAACUCACGUGUAAUAAAUGACUCAUUUAUCCUUUUUCUCAACUGAGGUCCCUUUCCUUCAUUUUCUUCUGUAAAUACAGAACAAAAAUAUUCAUUGAGGCAGUCAGCCUGACCUUUAUCCUCUUCUACAUACCUUCCUUCUUUUGUUUUUAAUCUAACUAAUCCUUGUUUUACUUUUCUUUUCUCAUUUAUGUAUCUAAAAAAAUGUUUUAUCCCCUUUUUUACUGACUGUGCUAUUUUCUCUUCUGUGUGUGAUUUGGAAGCUCUUAUAACUUGCUUAGCCUCUUUCUGCCUAAUCUUAUAGAUCAUUUUGUCUUCCUCACUCUGGGUUUUUUUAUAAUUCCUAAAUGCUAACUUUUUGUUUUUAACUAUUUUGGCCACAUCUGCGGAGUACCACAGUGGUUUCUUGAAUUUUUGCUUUUACUGACAAGCCUAAUGCAAUUUUCUGUUGCCUUCAAUAGUGCAACUUUUAAAUAAUCCCAUUUUUCUUGGACUCCAUUUAAAUUGCUCCAGUCUGAUAAUGACUCCUCUACCCAUAUUCUAAUUUUAGAAAAGUCUGUUUUUCUAAAGUCUAAAACUUUUGUUUUUGUGUGGUGUGACUCAGUCACUGUUCUUAUAUUAAACCACACUGACUGAUGAUCACUGGAUCCUAAACUUUCACCUACAGUAAUAUCUGAUACCAAAUCUCCAUUUGUUAACACUAAAUCUAGUAUGGCCUCUUUACGAGUUGGCUCCUCAACAACUUGUUUUAGAGACAAUCCCAGUAGGGAGUUUAGAAUAUGUGUGCUCCUGGCACAAGUAGCUAAUUUUGUUUUCCAAGUUACAUCAGGAAGAUUAAAGUCACCCAUGAUGAUAACUUCCCCCUUCAUUGUCAUUUUAGCUAUUUCCUCAACUAGUAGAGGAGAAGGAGCCUACUAACCCUUCUCCUCAGCUGGGCUCCAACCAGGCUACUCCCUUGGUAGCGCUGGCACCAGGUCAGAGCACUGCUGGUCUCUGCCCACUCAGCAACCCACCGAUCCAGAAGGCUAGUACCCCCCAGAGCCGUGGUGGAGCCCCUGGACAUGGACAAGCUACCCACUACCCCAGGUGCAGUAACCAAUUCUUGUGGGUGGGCUGCACUACUGACUAUGUUUUGUGGGUGGGUUGCUGGACUAACCAAGGCACUGACCAACAGGAGGUCAGAUACCUUGUUAGUCUUUUUGGGAAAGGGGAGGAAUGUGGCGAAACUGACCUCGCCACUGGGCAUUGGAGAAGACUGAUUGCCAGCCUCCUGCCAUGUGACUAUGGCCCCUGGGAUGUAUUGCCCUUUUAAGACAUGAUUUGGGCAUAAGGGAUUUGUGUUGUGCUGCUGCUGGCCCUUUAAGAACCAUCUGGGGACAUACUGUGGAGUUACUGGGUGGCCACCAUUUCCUGUAUCAGAGAAGCACAUGGUGAGAACAAUGGAUGGCGGCCAUUUUAACUUACAGACACUGUUUGGACUUUUCAACACGGUGCCAUCUCGCCAGUAUUUGGUGCACAGAGACAUCGUGCAGUGGUUUUGGACUAUACAGCAGGGGACACAUUAUACAGUGAUUGUUUUUCAUUUAGCCUGUAUAUGUUCUGCAGAAUCUGCAUUAAACUGUAUCUUUUUAUGGGGUUAUUGCAUGUUUUGGGGUCCCUGUGAUGUGUUUUAUGAAACUGUAUUUCUCUGUCUGUGAUAAUUAGAUUACCCAUUGUGUAAGGUAAUUGUAUUACAGGCAGAGGGGAGGAUUUUGUGUGGGAGUGUCUGUGUGUAUUGUACAGAUUGAUUGGUUGUUCUGUGAAACCCUGUGGGCAGUACUAAGUUUGUGGAUUGGGAAUAAAAGAGGCUGUAUGUGCCAGUACAGUCAGUUCCUGCUUAACCCUCAAAGUGAAGUGUCGUCUCAUUAUUGGGGGAGGAUUUAUUGUAUGCUGUUCCAGUUUGACUGCUAGGAGUGUAAACCUAUUUGCAUGGUUUUUCCUAUUCGGCUGUAUACAACAUUCACAUGCUUGAGAGCAUUCAUAUGCUCCUACGGUUCGGUGGUUUUGGUGUCUGCUUCAGUGCUUAGAGUCCUCAGGAAGUGCUAGGAGCCUCCUUCAACGGAGGUACCCAGUAGGGGAGCUAGGUGAUCUGUUACAGAACAGCGCAAAACAGCUGGAUUAAAGAUGGAUUUCAAACUAUUGAAGUUAGGGACGAAAGAGCGAGGACCUCAGGCGGACGGACUAUUGUUCGGAGAACCAUUUAUCUCAGCAACGGUUUGCUAGUAAGGAAGAAGACAGGAGACUGUCGCCCAGUCAUCAACCUACGCCAACCCAAUGGUUUUGGGGCGUACCGACACCUCAAGAAGGAAGGUAUCCAUCUCUUAGGGGAUCUACUCCUCGAAAGGGGUUUGCAAUGUUGGAUUUGAAGGACACUUACCUACUGGUUCACAUGGUGCCUCGUGAAGUUUCUGAAGCCGGUCACGGCGCACUGAAGAGCAAAGGGUAUCCAAUGUCGCAUACCUAGACGACUUACUGACCUUUUGCAAAUCCAAUUCCUGACUACGUUUACAGACGAGAUUUAUGUUUACAGUUUCGGGAAUUGUUGGGAUUCAUAGUGAACAGAGAGGAGUCGGUUCGAUCCAAGUUCUGAGUGAUUCAGUUCCUCUACUUCGGAAUAUAUUCCACCUUGGGCUUACACCUUCCCACAUCAUUGAUAGCGACGUUUCGUAAGGAAAUUCGACGGGUAUGGCGGAAUGGCACCAUAUUUCCCAGGACCGCUUCACUACCGGGCCAGACAGCGGCUGAAAGCUCACUGCCUAAGAUCCAGACACACCUAUGAAAUUGGGAUCAGAAUAGCGAAGACUUCGAUAGUACUCAUUACCGUGGUAAAGGAGUCAAGCGUGGCACCCAGAUUGGUUGUCCUUAAUCGGGAUCAUCCUCUGCUCCUUCAGUUUUAACUUGCCUUCGGGCAGAUCCAAAAGGAGAAUAUCAUCCAAUGAUAAUGCACAUGUGUGUCUGGAGUUGGUGGAUUGGUGUCUUUCAGGGGAAACUAGUACGUCAAGGGACUAUCGCAACCAACUAAAGACCUAUUAUGGGACUCAUGGACACCAGGUAUUCCCCAAAAUAACUUAUCCGCAUGGAAAACCUGGAGUCGCUGGUGUAUGGGAAGGGACUGCGAUCCCUUCAUUACAGGAUACGUUAUGCGAUUUCGACGACACAUAGUACGAUUCACGACACUCCGGUCGAUCAGGAGCCUUUGAUAUGCCGCUUUCUGCGGGGUAUCAAACUGUCCAGAACCAUGCGUCAAAGUAUCACUGUUGUGGGACUUUGAUUUGGUUCUUUUGGAACUAGUCAGAUAACACGGACCUAUCCCUCCGUCAGCCAUAGUCACGCUACUUUUAGGUCUUUUCAUUGGGUAUCAGAUGUACUGUAGUUCGACGUAGACAGUCUUUUCGGUAUCACCAGAAGGAAUGAUUUCUACGGUGUCUCGUAGAACUAAAUCUUAUCCGUGUCCGUAUCUUACCCUGUUCCCGCCGGUUUCCCAGUCUUUGUGCAGUUAAAGCGGUAUUUCGUUACAUGGAGAUCACGACAACACUUAGAUUGUCACAUUCAGGACAUCUGCUGUUCUUAUACCAACCAUACAAGCCAGUUACCAUGAACACUCUGUCUAAAUGGGUUCAUUGGUUGUUAUUGCUAGCCGGGGUGGAGACAUGUUUUGGGUACUCAUUCGGUACGAGGCGCAGCUGCUUCUCAGGCCUUCAUGGGGGGCCUCUAUAUUUUGCAGCGACGAAUUGGACACGGAUAGACUACUUACGUAUAUUUACACAGCUUUAAAAAUGCAAAAUAUGAAGCCUCCUGUCAUGUGGUAAAAUUGUAGAUUAUGCUAACGUAGUGUACCUAUAAUCUUAAUUUUAAUAAUGACAGGAGGCGAAUAUUUUCCCUCCCUGUUUCCCUCCCUAUACUCUGGGAAAUUCUAAUAUUCUGGUUUGUCAUUUUCUCAGUGUAAUUAUAAGUUUUUGGUAUUUCAGUAUGUUUAUGGGAUGCUUAUCUGGUUAACAUGUGUUAGAUCCGUGUUGAUUAUUAAGUAUACUAUGGUUACAUAGUUACAUAUAGUUACAUAGCUGAAAAGAGACUUGCAUCCAUCAAGUUCAGCCUUCCUCACAUUUGUUUUUUGCUGUUGAUCCAUAAGAAGGCAAAAAAAAAAACAAUUUGAAGCACAAUUUUGCAACAAGAUAGGAAAAAAAUUCCUUCUUGACCCCAGAAUGGCAGUCAGAUUUAUCCUUGGAUCAAGUAGUUAUUACCCUACAUUGAAAGAUUAUAGCCUUGAAUAUUCUGUUUUUGCAAGUAUGCAUCUAGUAGCUGUUUGAACACCUGUAUAGACUCUGAUAAAACCACUUCUUCAGGCAGAGAAUUCCACAUCCUGAUUGUUCUUACAGUAAAAAAAAACCUUUCCUUAGCCUUAGACAAAAUCUUCUUUCUUCCAGUCUAAACGCAUGGCCUCAUGUCCUAUGUAAAGGCCGGUUUGUGAAUAGAUUUCCACACAAUGGUUUGUAUUGGCCCCGAAUAUAUUUGUAUAAUGUUAUCAUAUCCCCUCUCAGGCGACUUUUUUUUUUAACUAAAUAGUUUUAAAUUUGUUAACCUUUCUUCAUAGCUGAUAUGUUUCAUUCCUUUUAUUCAUUUUGUAGCCCGCCUCUGCACUUUUUCUAGUGACAUAAUAUCCUUCUUUAGAACAGGUGCCCAAAAUUGCACAGCAUAUUCAAUAUGUGGUCUUACCAGUGAUUUAUAAAGAGGCAAAAUGAUAUUCUCGUCCUGCGAAAGAAUGCCCUUUUUGAUGCAUGACAAUACCUUACUGGCCUUGGCCACUGCUGAUUGACAUUGCACAUUGAUUGUUUAAUGUUUCAGUAUAUUAACUUAAUAUAAAUAUAGAUACGUAUAGUACUGGAUUUAAUGUGGACAACAGUUGGUUUCCAUCACCUUUCACGUAUUUCUGUUCUUUUCAGCGUAAUCAUCAUUGAUGGAUUUGACAAGAUAAAGCUGGAAGGUUUCAAGUUUCGUUUCAAGUAAUGUGCUACACGUUACUCAGGACUGUUAUUUGAAUUCCCUGACGUUAUAAUAGACUGUUUUUCGCAUCAAAGAAAGAGGAAGUCAUGUGUCUGUCAGGGCUUUAUAUAUGGAUGUGAUGCCUGUUACUGAUUGGUUUAAAGUUUUUUUCUGAUUGACUUGUCCUGCUGGAGGCAUAAAGUAAAGAAAGUUAUGAAAAAUAUUCGCCUCCUGUCAUUAUUAAAAUUAAGAUUAUAGGUACUCUACGUUAUCAUAAUCUACAAUUGUAUUAACAUGAUUUCUGCAACAAUAAUAUUGUUUUAAGUUCUUGCUUAGUUACCAUGAUAUUUCAUAGUCCUAUUUCUGAUCUUUCAUAAAAAUAUUGUCAGUUUUUCUAAGUAUGAUAAACAAUAAUUUGUAGUGACAGAUUUCCUUUAACUCGCAUUAUAUUUCUUUCAGGGGUUUCU